CCCUCCUUGAGGGUCCGCGCGGACGCGGUUUCCUUACCUCAUUUGUCCUCGCCCCUCCCCGUCCCUCUACGCGUUUUGGUUCCUGGUUGGUGCAUCCUGGUCGCAGCCGCGGCACAUCAUCGUAACUGACUUUCCAUGAUGUUUGGUGGUUAUGAGACUAUAGAAGCAUAUGAAGAUGACCUAUAUCGUGAAGAAUCAUCUAGUGAACUGAGUGUCGAUAGUGAGGUGGAAUUUCAGCUCUACAGCCAAGUUCAUUAUGCCCAAGAUCUUGAUAAUGUCAUCAGGGAGGAAGAACAUGAAGAAAAGAACUCUGGGGAUUCUGAAUCAUCUAGUAGUAAGCCAAAUCAGAAGAAUGUAAUUAUCCUUUCAGAUAGUGAGGUCAUCCAGCUGUCAGAUGGGUCAGAGGUCAUCACUUUGUCUGAUGAAGAUAGUAUUUAUAGAUGUAAAAGAAAGAAUUUUAGAGUCCAAGGAAAAGAAAAGACCCGAGGUUCGACUGCUCUUCAUUCUAAUGAGUUGGAUGAUAAGCAAUGCAAGAGGGAUAUUGAGAAGCCUAAACCUGAAGAGAGAUCGAGUACAAUCCGAGAGGUUAUGAUUAUAGAGGUCAGUUCAAGUGAAGAGGAAGAGAGCACCAUUUCAGAAAGUGACAAUGUGGAAAGCUGGAUGCUGCUGGGAUGUGGAGUUGAUGAUAAAGAUGAUGAUAUCCUUCUCAAUCUUGUGGGAUGUGACAACUCUGUUAAUGAAGGAGAAGAUGGUGUAAACUGGUUCAUCAGUGACAAAGACGUUGAGGCCCAGAUAGGUAAUAAUAGAUCAUCUGGAAGAUGGACCCACCGAUACUAUACAGCAAACAAAAACGUUACCUGUAGAAAUUGUGACAAAUGUGGCCAUUUGUCAAAAAACUGCCCCUUUCCACAAAAAGUUCGCCCCUGCUGCCUCUGCUCCGAGAGAGGGCACCUCCAGUAUGCCUGUCCAGCCCGCUUUUGCUUAGGCUGUUCUUUGCCUGUGUCUUCUACUCACAGAUGUCAUGGAAGACCUUCCUGGAGAAAACGAUGUGACCGAUGUGAUAUGUUAGGCCACUAUGCUGAUGCUUGCCCAGAAAUCUGGAGGCAGUAUCACCUAACGACUAAACCUGGACCACCCAAAAAGCCGAAGACCCCUUCUGGACAAUCAGCGUUAGUGUAUUGCUACAACUGUGGUCAAGAAGGCCAUUAUGGACAUGAAUGUACAGAAAGGCGGAUGUUUAACCAGACCUUUGCAACAUCUCCGUUCAUCUACUACUAUGAUGACAAAUAUGAAAUUCGGGAGAGAGAACACAGAAUAAAACGAAAAGUAAAAGAACUCCAGAAAAAUGGGGAUUUUCCAAGGCAGUUCAAGAGGCCACAUGUGAAAGCAGCAAAUCAGAGGUCCCACCAUGACAUGAGGAAAAGCCAGGCCUCGAGGAGAAGCACCAGGUGGCCUCAAGAAAAGAAUGAAACCCAAAAAGAAACAAUGAGCAGGAACGACAGAGAGCAGGAAAAGCCCAGGAAGGCUGACAGGUGUCAUGACAUGGAUGAAGACUUUCCCAGGGGCCCAAAAACCCACUCUUCCCCCGGCGCUUUCAGAACCCAGAAGGCUCCCAAGUCCUUCCACCGCUCACAUCAGCACAAGCCAAGAGAAGACAAGCUGCCCAAAGAGGGCAGGCGGGGCAGGCACAAGAAAAAGGAGAGCUGCUUGGAGGAGGACGACAGUGAUAAUUUAUUCCUUAUUAAGCAGAGGAAAAAGAAGUCUAAACUGUGAGGCAGCUUCUGAUUCGGCUUUCCAGCAUUUGUCUGGUUUUCAUGUCUACAACAUUCUGGUGAUCUUUUUCUUAUCUAAGAUUAAAUAAAGUGAGUUUUUUGGUUUUGUUUUUUUAAUCAGCUGUACCUAGAGCGGCUGAACAAAGACCUUGAAAAUCUGUUCUCUGUGUUCAACAGGUUACUAGGUGAGAAAACAGAAAGAUAAACUCCGACUUCCCCCAUUCCGGUUGGUCAUUUUUACUUAGAAUCCUACAGGUAGAAGAAUUACUAUUUUCAAGAGAAUUUUUUAAAAUACUUUGAAAAAAGUAAAAGCUUAUCAAAUGUAAUUCGCCUGCAGUGUAUGUAAAUUAAAUCCUUGCAAGAAAAGAAAUUAAUACAAAUAAGAAAAAUUCAUUGAUCUUUUUAGCAUUACUCUUUUUUUUAACAUUGGAAAGGAUAAUGGCUAUAAAUCUAAGCUCUUACUGCUUCCAGAGCUGGUGUCGGGAUCUUUUUUUGGUCAGAGCAUCAUGGGCUGAAAAAUGACGGUGUCGUCAUUGAAGCCUUGAAGAGCCAGGGAAUCGGGCUGUUGGGAAAUGUGAGUGAGGAAUCCAUCCAGUAUAAAUGGCACGACAUAGGUUUUCUGAAACAAGUGAAAAAGAGUCAUCAAAACUUUUGACAUAAUUACAAUGAAAUCGUUUUACCAUUUUUACAGCCAUAAUUCAAGACUGUCAC